AUGCUGUUGUUGUAUCUGUUCUGGGCCGGGCCGGGCCGAUUCCCACCGCUGCUUGGACAGCUCGCCUUGGCGGAAAUGCUGUUGUUGUAUCUGUUCUGGGCUGGGCCGGGCCGAUUCCCACCCGCUGCUGGACGGCUCGCCUUGGCGGAAAUGCUGUUGUAUCUGUUCUGGGCUGGGCCGGGCCGAUUCCUACCCGCUGUUUGGACAGCUCGCCUUGGCGGAAAGGCUGUUCUUGUAUCUGUUCGGGGCUGGGCGGGCCGAUUCCUACCCGCUGCUUGGAUAGCUCGCCUUGGCGGAAAUGCUGUUGUUGUAUCUUUUCUGCGCUGGGCCAGGCCCGAUUCCUACCCCUGCUUGGACUCGCCUUGGCGGAAAUGCUGUUGUUGUAUCUGUUUGGGGUUGGGCCGGCCGAUUCCUACCGCUGCUGACACAGCUCGCCUGGCGGAAAUGCUGUUCUUGGGCCAGGCCGAUUUUCAUCUGUUCUGGGACAGCUCGGGCCUGGGCGGGCCGGGCCCUAACCGGUUCUACCGCUGCUUGGACAGCUCGCCUUGGCGGAAAUGCUGUUGUUGUAUCCGUUCUGGGCUGGGCCGGGCCGAUUCCUACCGCUGCUUGGACAGCUCGCCUUGGCGGAAAUGCUGUUGUUGUAUCUGUUCUGGGCUGGGCCGGGCCGAUUUCUACCCGCUGGCGGACAGCUCGCCUUGGCGGAAAUGCUCUUGUUGUAUCUGUUCUGGCUGGGCCGGGCCCAUUCCUACCCGCUGCGGACAGCUCGCCUUGGCGGAAAUGCUGUUGUUUAUAUCUGUUCUGGGUCGGGCCAGGCCGAUUCCUACCGCUGCUUGGACAGCUCGCCUGCGGAAAUGUGUUGUUGUAUCUGUUCUGGUCUGGGCCAGGCCGAUUCCUACCCGCUGCUUGGGACAGCUCGCCUUGGCAGGAAAUGCUGUUGUUGUAUCUGUUUGGGCUGGGCCGGGCCGAUUCCUACCCCAGCUGCUUGGACAGCUCGCCUUGGCGGAAAUGCUGUUGUUGUAUCUGUUCUGUGCUGGGCCGGGCCAUUCCUACCAGCUGCUUGACAGCUCGGCCUUGGCGAAAAUGCUGUUGUUGUAUCUGUUCUGGGCUGGGCCAGGCCGAUUCCUACCCGCUGCUUGGACAGCUCGGUUUGGCGGAAAUGCUCUUGUUGUAUCUGUUCUGGGUCGGGCCAGGCCGAUUCCUACCCGCUUUGUGGACAGCUCGCCUUGGCGGAAAUGCUGUUGUUGUAUCUGUUUGGGCUGGGCCUGGCCAUUCUACCCCUUGGACAGCUCGCCUUGGCGGAAAUGCUGUUGUUGUAUCUGUUCUGGGCUGGGCCGGGCCGAUUCCUACCCGCUGUUUGGACAGCUCGCCUCGGCGGAAAUGCUGUUGUUGUCCAUCUGUUCUGGGCUGGGCCGGGCCGAUUUCUACCCCGCUUGGACAGCUCGCCUUGGCGGAAAUGCUGUUGUUGUAUCUGUUCUGGGUCAGGCCGGGCCGAUUCCUACCGCUGCUUGGACAGCUCGCCUUGGCGGAAAUGCUGUUUUGUAUCUGUUCUGGGUCGGGCAGGUGAGGCCGAUUCCUGCUGCUUGGACAGCUCGCCUUGGCGGAAAUGCUGUUGUUCCUCUGUUCUGGGCUGGGCCGGGCCGCUCCUACCUUGGCGCCGUUGUAUCUGUUCUGGGCUGGACCGGGCCGAUUCAUGGCUGGACGGCUCGCCUUGGCGAAAUGGUGUUGUAUCUGUUCUGGGCUGGGCCGGCCGUUCCUGCCCGCUGUUUGGACAGCGCCUUGGCGGAAAGGCUCUUGUUGUAUCUGUUCGGGGCUGGGCCGGGCGAUUCCUACCCGCUGCUUGGAUGGCUCCCAUUGGCGGAAUGCUGUUGUUUAGCGUAUCUUUUCUGGGUCGGGCCAGGCCGAUUCCUACCCGCUGCCCGGACAGCUCGCCUUGGCGGAAAUGCUGUUAUUGUGUCUGUUUGGGGUUGGGCCGGAGCCGAUUCCUCCCGUUCUGGACAGCUCGCCUUGGCAGAAAUGGUUGUUGGUUCUGGGCUGGGCCGGGUGAUUCCUACCCGGCGGACAGCUCGCCUUGGCGGAAAUGCUGUUGUUGUAUCUGUUCUGGGCCGGGCCGAUUCCCCGCCGUUUGGACAGCUCGCUUUGGCGAAAUGCUGUUGUUGUAUCUGUUCUGGGCUGGGCCGGGCCGAUUCCUACCCGCUGCUUGGACAGCUCGCCUUAUGGAAAUGCUGUUGUUGUAUCUUUUCUGGGGCUGGGCCGGCCGAUUCCUACCCGCUGCUUGGACGGCUCGCCUUGGCGGAAAUGCUGUUGUUGUAUCUGUUUGGGGUUGGGCAGGGCCAGAUUCUGCCCGCUGUUUGGACAGCUCGCCUUGGGAAAUGCUGUUGUUGUAUCUGUUCUGGGCUGGCCGGGCCGAUUCCUACCCGCUGCUUGGACAGCUCGCCUUGGCGGAAAUGCUGUUGUUGUAUCUGUUCUGGUCCGGGCCAGGCCGAUUCCUACCCGCUGCUUGGACAGCUCGCCUUGGCGGAAAUGCUGUUGUUGUAUCUGUUCUGGGCUGGGCCGGGCCGAUUCCCUACCCGCUGCUUGGACAGCUCGCCUUGGCGGAAAUGCUGUUGUUGUAUCUGUUCUGGGCUGGGCGGGCCGAUUCCUACCCGCUGCUUGGACAGCUCGCCUUGGCGGAAAUGCUGUUGUUGUAUCUGUUUCUGGGCUGGGCCGGCCGAUUCCUGCCCGCUUCUUGGACAGCUCGCCUUGGCGGAAAUGCUGUUGUAUCUGUUCUGGGCUGGGCCAGGCCAUUCCUGCCCGCUGCUUGGACAGCUCGCCUUGGCGGAAAUGCUGUUUGUUGUAUCUGUUCUGGGCUGGGCCGGGCCGAUUCCCCCACCCGCUGCUUGGACAGCUCGCCUUGGCGGAAAUACUGUUGUUGUAUCUUUUCUGGGCCGGGCCGGGCCGAUUCCUACCCCGCUUGACAGCUCGCCUUGGGAAAUGCUGUUGUUGUAUCUGUUCUGGGUCGGGCCAGGCCGAUUCCUGUUGCUUUCGUACAGCUCUGUGGAAAUCUUGUUGUUGUAUCUGUUCUGGCGGGCCGAUUCCUACCCGCUGCUUGGACGAAAAGCUCGCCUUGGCGGAAAUACUGUUGUUGUAUCUGUUCUGCGCUGGGCCGGGCCGAUUCCUACCCGCCGCUUGGACAGCUCGCCUUGGCGGAAAUGCUGGUGUUGUAUCUGUUCUGGUCUGGGCCGGGCCGAUUCCUACCGCUGCUUGGACAGCUCGCCUUGGCGGAAAUGUUGUUGUUGUAUCUGUUCUGCGGGCCAGGCCGAUUCCUACCCGUCGCUUGGACAGCUCGCCUUGGCGGAAAUGCUGUUGUUGUAUCUGUUCUGGGUGGGCCAGGCCGAUUCCAACCGCUGCUUGGAUAGCUCGCCUUGGCGGAAAUGCUGUUGUUGUAUCUGUUCUGGGUCGGGCCAGGCCGAUUCCUACCCGCUGCUUGGACAGCUACGCCUUGGCGGAAAUGUUGUUGUAUCUCUUUCUGGGUCGGGCCAGGCCGAUUCCUACCCGCUGCUUGGACAGCUCGCCCUUGGCGGAAAUGCUGUUGUUGUAUCUGUUCUGGGUUGGGCCGGGCCGAUUCUACCCGCUGAUAGGACAGCUCGCCUUGGCGGAAAUGCUGUUGUUGUUGUAUUCUGUUUCCUGGUCGGGCCAGGCCGAUUGUUCUGGGCCCGGGCCGAUUCCCUUUCUUGGACAGCUCGCCUUGGCGGAUGUUGUUGUUGUAUCUUUUCUGGGCUGGAGCGGGCCGAUUCCUACCGCUGUUUGGACAAAAUGCCUUGGCGGAAAUGCUGUUGUUGUAUCUGUUCUGGGCUGGGCCGGCCGAUUCCUACCCGCUGCUUGGACAGCUCGCCUUGGCGGAAAUGUGUUGUUGUAUCUGUUCUGGGGUCGGGCCGGGCCGAUUCCUACCCCUUGCUGGGCUGGGCCGGGCCGAUUCCUACCACUGGACAGCUCGCCUUGGCGGAAAUGCUGUUGUUGUAUCUGUUCUGGGUCGGGCCGGGCCGAUUCCUACCAGCUGCUUGGACAGCUCGCCUUGGCGGAAAUGUUGUUGUUGUAUCUGUUCUGGGUCGGGCCAUUAUUCCUACCCGCUGUUUGACAGCUCGUCUUGGCGGGAAACGUUGUUGUUGUAUCUGUUCUGGGCUGGGCCCGUUGAUUCCUACCCGCUGCUUGGACAGCUCGCCUUGGCGGAAAUGCUGUUGUUGUGUCUUUUCUGGGUCGGGCCAGGCCGAUUCCCCUACCCGCUGUUUUGACAGCUUGCCUUGGCGGAAAUGUUGUUGUUGGCUCUGUUUGGGGAUUGGGCCGAUUCUACCCCGUUGCGCUGGAGCGGGCGGGACAGCUCGCCUUGGCGGAAAUGCUGUUGUUGUAUCUGUUCUGGGCUGGGCCGGGCCGAUUCCUACCCGCUGCUUGGACAGCUCGCCUUGGCGGAAAUGCUGUUGUAUCCGUUCUGGCUGGCCAGGCCGAUUCCUAACCACUACUUGGACAGCUCGCCUUGGCGGAAAUGCUGUUGUUGUAUCUGUUCUGGGUCAGGGCCAGGCCGAUUCCUACCCGUUGCUUGGACAGCUCGCCCUUGCGGAAAUGCUGUUGUUGUAUCUGUUCUGGGUCGGCCAGGCCGAUUCCUACCCGCUGCUUGGACAGCUCGCCUAUGGAAAUUCCUACCGCUGUUGUUGUAUCUUUUCUGGGUCCGGGCCAGGCCGAUUCCUACCCGCUGCUUGGACAGCUCGCCUUGGCGGAAAUGCUGUUGUUGUAUCUGUUCUGGGCUGGGCCGGGCCGAUUCUACCCGCUGCUUGGACAGCUCGCCUUGGCGGAAUGCUGUUGUUGUAUGUUCUGGGCUGGGUGGCCGAUUCCUACCAGCUGCUUGGACAGCUCGCCUUGGCGGAAAUGCUGUUGUUGUAUCCGUUCUGGGCUGGGCCGGGCCGAUUCCUACCCGCUGCUGGACAGCUCGCCUUGGCGGAAAUGCAGUUGUUGUAUCUGUUCUGGGUCGGGCCAGGCCGAUUCCUACCCGCUGCUUGGACAGCUCGCCUGGCGGAAUGCUGUUGUUGUAUCUGUUCUGGGCUGGGCCGAUCGAUUCCUACCGCUGCUUGGACAGCUCGCCUUGGCGGAAAUGCUGUUGUUGUAUCUGUUUGGGCUGGGCGGGCCGAUUCUACCGCUGCUUUGGACAGCUCGCCUUGGCGGAAAUGCUGUUGUUGUAUCUGUUCUGGGGCGGGCCGGGCCGAUUCCCUACCCGCUGCUUGGACAGCUCGCCUUGGCGGAAAUGCUGUUGUUGUAUCUGUUCUGGGCUGGGCCGGGCCGAUUCCUACCCGCUGCUGGACGGCUCGCCUUGGCGGAAAUGCUGUUGUUGUAUCUGUUCUGGGCUGGGCCGGGCCGAUUCCUACCCGCUGUUUGGACAGCUCGCCUUGGCGGAAAGGCUGUUGUUGUAUCUGUUCUGGGCUGGGCCGUGCCGAUUCCCUACCCGCUGCCCGGACAGCUCGCCUUGGCGGAAAUGCAGUUGUUGUAUCUGUUCUGGGUCGGGCCAGGCCGAUUCCCCUACCCGCUGCUUGGACAGCUCGCCUUGGCGGAAAUGCUGUUGUUGUAUCUUUUCUGGGUCUGGGCCAGCCGAUUCUACCCGCUGCUUGGAUAGCUCGCCUUGGCGGAAAUGCUGUUGUAUCUGUUAUGGGCUCCGGGCCAGGCCGAUUCCUACCCCGCUGCUUGGACAGCUCGCCUUUGGCGGAAAUGUUGUUGUUGUAUCUGUUCUGGGCUGGGCCAGUGCCGAUUCUACCCGCUGCUUGGACAUCUCGCCUUGGCGGAAAUGCAGAUGUUGUAUCUGUUCUGGGUAGGCCGGGCCGAUUCCUACCUGCCGCCCGGACAGCUCGCCUUGGCGGAAAUGCUGUUGUUAUCUGUUCUGGGCUGGGCGGGCACCGCUGCUUGGACAGCUCGCCUUGGCGGAAAUGCUGUUGUUGUACUGUUCUGCUGGGGCUGGAUUCUACCAGCUGCUUUGGCGGAAAUGCUGUUGUUGUAUCUGUUCUGGGUCGGGCCGGGCCGAUUCCCCUACCGCUGCCCAGGACAGCUCGCCUUGGCGGAAAUGCUGUUGUUCAGCCAUCUGUUCUGGGUCGGGCGGGCCGAUUCUACCCGCUGCUUGGACAGCUCGCCUUGGCGGAAAUGCUGUUGUUGUAUCUUUCUGGGUCAGGCCAGCCGAUUCCUGCCCGCUGUUGGACAGCUCGCCUUGGCGGAAAUGCUGUUGUUGUAUCUGUUCUGGGCUGGGCCGUGCCCGAUUCCCUACCCGCUGCUUUGGACAGCUGGCCUUGGCAGAAAUAUUGUAUCUGUUCUGGGCUGGGCCGGGCCGAUUCUACCCGCUGUUUGGACGCUCGCCUCGGCGGAAAUGCUGUUGUUGUAUCUGUUCUGGGCUGGGCCGGCGAUUCCUACCGGGGACGCCUUCUUAUCUGUUCUGGGUCCGGCCAGGCCAAUUCUACCGGCUUGGACAGCUCGCCUUGGCGGAAAUGCUGUUAUUGUCUCUGUUCUUCGCCGGGCCGGGCCGAUUCCUACCCGCUGCUUGGACAGCUCGCUGGCGGAAAUUGUUGGACAGGUCGGGUCCGAUUCCUGCUUGGACAGCUCGCCUUGGCGGAAAUCUGCUGUUGUAUCUCUGGGCUGGGCCGGGGUGGUUCCACCACGCUGGCGGACAGCUCGCCUUGGCCGUUCUUGUUGUAUCUGUUCUGGGCCCGGCUGUGGACAGCUCGCCUUGGCGGAAAUGCUGUUGUUGUAUCUGUUCUGCGCUGGCCGGGCCGAUUCCUAUCCGCUGCUUGGACAGCUCGCCUUGGCCGGAAAUGCUGUUGUUGUAUCUGUUCUGGGCUGGGCCAGGCCAGUUCCCACCGCUGCUUGGACGGCUCGCCUUGGCGGAAAUGCUGUUGUUGUAUCCGUUCUGCGCUGGGCCGGGCGGAUGCUAUCCUUCUUGGACAGCUCGCCUUGGCGGAAAUGCUGUUGUUGUAUCUGUUCUGGGUCCGGGCCAGGCCGAUUCUAACCGCUGCUUGGACAGCUCGCCUUGGCGGAAAUGCUGUUGUUGUAUCUGUUCUGGGUCAGGCCAGGCCGAUUCCUGGCACCGGGACGCUCGCCUUGGCGGAAAUGCUGUUGUUGUAUCUUUUCUGGGUCGGGCCGAUUCCCUACCCGCUGUUUGGACAGCUCGCCUUGGCGGAAAUGCUGUUGUUGUAUCUUUUUCUGGGCUGGGCCGGAGCCGAUUCCUACCGCUGCUUGGACAUCUCGCCUUGGCGGAAAUGCUGUUGUUGUAUCUGUUCUGGGUUGGGCCGUGCCGAUUCCUGCCCGCUGCUUGGACAGCUCGCCUUGGCGGAAAUGCUCUUGUUGUAUCUGUUCUGGGCCGGGCCGGGCCGAUUCCCACCCGCUGUUUGGACAGCUCGCCUUGGCGGAAAUGCUGUUGUAUCUGUUCUGGGCUGGGCCGGGCCGAUUCCUACCCGCUGCUUGGACAGCUCGCCUUGGCGAAAUAUUGUUGUAUCUGUUCUGGGCUGGGCCGGGCCGAUUCCUACCCGCUGUUUGGACAGCUCGCCUUGGAGGAAAUGCUGUUGUUUGUAUCUGUUCUGGGCUGGGCCGUUGCCGAUUUCCGCUUUCUUGGACAGCUCGCCUUGGCGAAAAUGCUGUUGUUGUAUCUGUUCUGGGUGGGCCGGGCCGAUUCACUACCCGCUUGGUUGGCUCAUGGCGGAAAUGCUGUUGUUUGUGUCUGUUCUGGGUCGGGCCAGGCCGAUUCCUACCCGCUGUUUGGACAGCUCCUUGGCGGAAAUGCUGUUGUUGUAUCUGUUCUGGGCUGGGCCAGCCGAUUCCUACCCGCUGCUUGGACAGCUCGCCUUGGCGGAAAUGCUGUUGUUAUAUCUCUGUUCUGGGCCAGGCCGUGCCGAUUCCUACCCGCUUCUUGGACAGCUCGCCUUGGCGGAAAUGUUGAUGUAUCUGUUCUGGGCUGGGCCGGGCGAUUCCUACCCGCUGUUGGACAGCUCGCCUCAACCGGAAAUGCUGUUGUUGUAUCUGUUCUGGGCUGGGCCGGGCCGAUUCCUACCCGCUGCUUGGACAGCUCGCCUGGCGGAAAUGCUGUUGUUAAUAUCUGUUCUGCGCCGGGCAGGCCGAUUCUACCGCUGCUGGACAGCUCGCCUUGGCGGAAAUGCUGUUGUUGUAUCUGUUCUGGGUCAGGCCGGGCCGAUUUCCUACCCGCUGCUUGGACAGCUCGCCGCGGAAAUGCUGUUGUUGUAUCUGUUCUGGGCUAGGCCGUGCCGUUCCUACCCGCUGCUGGACGGCUCGCCUUGGCGGAAAUGCUGUUGUUGUAUCUGUUCUGGGCUGGGCCGGGCCGAUUCCUACCCGCUGUUUGGACGCUCGCCUUGGCAGAAGGCUGUUGUUGUAUCUGUUCUGGGCUGCGCCAGGCCGAUUCUACCGCUGUGGACAAACUUGCCUUGGCGGAAAUGCUGUUGUUGUAUCUUUUCUGGGCUGGGCCGGGCCGUUCUACCUGCUGCGCUGGACAGCUCGCCUUGGCGGAAAUGCUGUUGUUGUAUCUGUUCUGGGCUGGGCCGGGCCGAUUCCUACCCGCUGCUUGGACGGCUCGCCUUGGCGGAAAUGCUGUUGUUGUAUCUGUUCUGGGCUGGGCCGGGCCGAUUCCUACCCGCUGCUUGGACAGCUCGCCUUGGCGGAAAUGCUGUUGUUGUCCUGUUCUGGGCUGGGCCGGGCCGAUUCCUACCCGCUGCUUGGACAGCUCGCCUUGGCGGAAAUGCUGUUGUUGUAUCUGUUCUGGGUCCGGGCCAGGCCGAUUCCUACCGUUGCUUGGACUUGCACAGCUCGCCUUGGCGGAAAUGCUGUUGUUCUCGCCUUGGCGGAAAUGCUGUUGUUGUAUCUGUUCUGGGUCGGGCCAGGCCGAUUCCUAACCGCUGCUUGGACAGCUCGCCUUGGCGAAAUGCUGUUGUUGUCUGUUCUGGGCUGGGCCAGGCCGAUUCCUACCCGCUGCUUGGACAGCUCGCCUUGGCGGAAAUGCUGUUGUUGUAUCUGUUCUGGGUCGGGCCGGGCCGAUUCCUACCCGCUGCUUGGACAGCUCGCCUUGGCGGAAAUGCUGUUGUUGUAUCUGUUCUGGGCCGGGCCGGGCCGAUUCCCUACCCGCUGCUUGGACAGCUCGCCUUGGCGAAAUGCUGUUGUUGUAUCUGUUCUGGGUGGAGGGCCGAUUCCUACCCGCUGCUGGACAGCUCGCCUUGGCGGAAAUGCUGUUGUUGUAUCUGUUCUGCAGGCUGGGCCGGGCCGAUUCCUACCCGCUGCUUGGACAGCUCGCCUUGGCGAAAUGCUGUUGUUGUAUCUGUUCUGGGACGGGCCGGGCCGAUUCCUACCCGCUGCUUGGACAGCUCGCCUUGGCGGAAAUGCUGUUGUUGUGUCUGUUCUGGGUCGGGCCAGGCCGAUUCCUACCACCGCGCUGCUUGGACAGCUCGCCUUGGCGGAAAUGCUCUUGUUGUAUCUGUUCUGGGUCAGGGCCGGGCCGAUUCUACCGCUGCUUGGACAGCUCGCCUUGGCGAAAUGCUGUUGUUGUAUCUGUUCUGGGCUGGGCCUGGCCGAUUCCUGCCGCUGCCGGACAGCUCGCCUUGGCGGAAAUGCUGUUGUUGUAUCUGUUCUGGGCUGGGCCAGGCCGAUUCCUACCGCUGCCCGGAAAUACUGUUGACUGUUCUGCUCCUUGGCGGCGCAUGCUGUUGGCGGAAAUUGUAUCUGUUCUGGGUGGGCCAGGCCGAUUCCUACCCUGCUGCUUGGACAGCUCGCCUUGGCGGAAAUGCUGUUGUUGUAUCUGUUCUGGGUCUGGCCGGGCCGAUUCCUAACCGCUGCUUGGACAGCUCGCCUUGGCGGAAAUGCUGUUGUUGUAUCUGUUCUGGGCUGGGCCGAUUCCUACCUGCUGCUUGGACAGCUCGCCUUGGCGGAAAUGCUGUUGUUGUGUCUGUUCUGGGUCGGGCCAGGCCGAUUCCUACCCGCUGCUUGGACAGCUCGCCUUGGCGGAAAUGCUGUUGUUGUAUCUGUUCUGGGUCAGGCCGGGCCGAUUCCUACCCUGCCAGCUGCUGGACAUGCUCGUUCUGGGUGGCCAGGCUUCCGCCCGCCGCUUGGACAGCUCGCCUUUGGCGGAAAUUGUUGUUGUAUCUGUUCUGGGCUGGGCCGGGCCGAUUCCUACCGCUGUUGGACAACUCGCCUUGGCGGAAAUGCUGUUGUUGUAUCUGUUCUGGGCUGGGCCGGGCCGAUUCCUACCCGCUGCUUGGACAUCUCGCCUUGGCGGAAAUGCUGUUGUUGUAUCUGUUCUGGGCUGGCCGAUUCCCUACCGGGGACAGCCGCUGUAUCGUUCUGGGCAGGCCGGGCCUUCCUACCCGCUGCUUGGACAGCUCGCCUUGGAUCUGUUGUUGUAUCUGUUCUGGGUGGGCCAGGCCGAUUCCCCCUACCCGCUGCUGGACAGCUCGCCUUGGCGGAAAUGCUGUUGUAUCCGUAUCUGUUCUGGGCUGCUUGGACAGCUCGCCUUGGCGGAAAUCCUUGUUAUCUGUUCUGGGCUGGGACCGAUUUUUCUCGCCUUGGACAGCUCGCCUUGGCGGAAAUACUGUUGUUGUAUCUGUUCUGGGCUGGGCCGGGCAGGAUUUCUACCCGCUUGCACAGCUUUGGACAGCUCGCCUUGGCCAGGCCGAUUCUGUUGUUAGCUCGCCAAAUCUGUUCUGGGCUGGGCCGGGCCGAUUCCUAACCGCUGCUUGGACAGCUCGCCUUGGCGAAAUGCUGUUGUUGUAUCUGUUCUGGGCUGGGCCGGGCCGAUUCCUACCCGCUGCUUGGACAUCUCGCCUUGGCGGAAAUGCUGUUGUUGUAUCUGUUCUGGGACGCUGGGCCUGGGGACAGCGCCUUGGCGGAAAUCCUCCCUGCCGCUUGGGACAGCUCGCCUUGGCGGAAAUGCUGUUGUUGUAUCUGUUCUGGGCUGGGCCAGGCCGAUUCCUACCCGCUGCUUGGACAGCUCGCCUUGGCGGAAAUGCUGUUGUUGUAUCUGUUCUGGGCUGGGCUUCCUACCCGCUUCCGGGAAAUGCUGUUGUUGUAUCUGUUCUGGGCUGGGCCGUGCCGAUUCCUACCCGCUGCUUGGACAGCUCGCCUUGGCGGAAAUGCUGUUGUUGUAUCUGUUCUGGGCUGGGCCAGGCCGAUUCCUACCCGCUGUUUGGACAGCUCGCCUUUGGCGGAAAUGCUGUUGUUGUAUCUGUUCUGGGCUGGGCCGGGCCGGGCGAGCCUUCCGGAAAUGCUGUUGUUGUAUCUGUUCAGCUCCCCUUGGCGGAAGCUCGCCUUGCUGUUGUUGUUGUUGUCUGUUCUGGGCUGGGCCGGGCCGAUUCCUACCCGCUGCUUGGACAGCUCGCCUUGGCGGAAAUGCUGUUGUUGUAUCUGUUCUGGGUCGGGCCGGGCCGAUUCCUACCCGCUGCUUGGACAGCUCGCCUUGGCGGAAAUGCUGUUGUUGUAUCUGUUCUGGGCUGGGCCAGGCCGAUUCCUACCCGCUGCUUGGACAGCUCGCCUUGGCGGAAAUGCUGUUGUUGUAUCUGUUCUGGGCUGGGCCGGGCGAUUCCUACCCGCUGGCGGACAGCUCGCCUUGGCGGGCCGAAAUGCUGUUGUUGUAUCUGUUCUGGGUUCUGGCCAGGCCGAUUCCUACCACGCUUCUUGGACAGCUCGCCUUGGCAGAAAUGCUGUUGUUGUAUCUGUUCUGGGUCUGGCCAGGCCGAUUCCUACCCGCUGCUUGGACAGCUCGCCUUGGCGGAAAUGCUGUUGUUGUAUCUGUUCUGGGCUGGGCCGGGCCGAUUCCUAACCGCUGCUUGGACGCUCGCCUUGGCGGAAAUGCUGUUGUUGUAUCUGUUCUGGGUCGGGCCGGGCCGAUUCCUACCCGCUGGACAGCUCGCCUUGGCGGAAAUGCUGUUGUUGUGUCUGUUCUGGGUCGGGCCGGGCCGAUUCCUGCCCGCUGCUUGGACAGCUCGCCUUGGCGGAAAUGCUGUUGUUAUCUGUUCUGGGGUUGGGCCGGGCCGAUUCCCUACCCGCUGCUUGGACAGCUCGCCUUGGCGGAAAUGCUGUUGUAUCUGUUCUGGGCUGGGCCGGGCCGAUUCCUACCCGCUGCUUGGACCAGCUCGCCUUGGCGGAAAUGCUGUUGUUGUAUCUGUUCUGGGUCUGGGCCAGGCCGAUUCCUACCCGCUGCUUGGACAGCUCGCCUUGGCGGAAAUGCUGUUGUUGUAUCUGUUCUGGGCUGGGCCGGGCCGAUUCCUACCGCUGUUUGGACAGCUCGCCUCGGCGGAAAUGCUGUUGUUGUAUCUGUUCUGGGUCGGGCCGGGCCCGAUUCCUACCCGCUGCUUGGACAGCUCGCCUUGGCGGAAAUGCUGUUGUUGUAUCUGUUCUGCGCCGGGCCGGGCCGAUUCCUACCGCUGCUUGGACAGCUCGCCUUGGCGGAAAUGCUGUUGUUGUAUCUGUUCUGGGCUGGGCCAGGCCGAUUCUACCGCUGCUUGA